AUGGCCACUCAAGGCUACUACGGUGGCUACUCGCUUGUGCGCUCUAGUACAAACGCCGCCUCCGGCGCAACGUGUGGCUGCGCGUGUUGCUCUUCGAAUGCGGCGUCAGCCAAGGAUGGGACACGACCGGCAGGAUUGUCCCGGAUGAAUUUCGCUUCAUGCAACAGCGAUUGGAUGCCAUCCCUCGCCACAUCCUCGGCAGCUGGGGCACGUUCCACUGUGACGCCCGGUGAGGCGAUGGAGCCCUUGGCCUCCAACGCGAGCACUCUAGCUCGUUUCCCCCUCUUUCAGGCUCUCUGGGCGAUGCAGAAUUUUUAUCGCUGGAUGCCUCUCUGUGCCACGGCAGCUAGCAACAGGCCUGCAACAAACGCCGCCACAAACACCGCCGCCGCCACAGCCACAGCAGCCACCGCCGCCGCCACAGCAGCCACUCCCACCUCCGCAGCCACCUCAGCUGGGGCUUCAACGCGCGCCGACCCGAAAAAACCGCGUCCUGCCAUUCCGAUGCCCAUCGGCAGCGACACAUGGACUGCGCUUAACGAUACCGUACUUGCGGCUAAAACUGGCGUCGUCGCGACAAGGCAUAGUUUGAAACGCCCAGUGCCUCCACUGGCCAUUGGUGUGACCGACGCGGAUCUUGAUCAGGGGACGAGGUCAACAACCAAUGGACCAGAACCACUCUUCCGCGAUCUAUUAGGCGCGUCUUCGCCGUCCGAGGUGCCUACCUACACCGCCUUCACUUGUAACAGGAACAGUAGCAAGAAGAUGGAACCCAUUCCCGUGGAUGUCCUUUUCUCAGGCCAGCAGGAUGAAGAGGAAGAAGGAUGGCAGAAGCAUUAUCGUCAUCAUCAUCCUGUUCCACCUGCCCCAAUUUCUGUGAGCCCAUUGUUGUCGCCUCAUGCAGAAAACACACCGGGGCCUGAAGAUCACUUGCAACAGCAUCAAAAUCAGUACGAGGCGGCUGAAAUUCCCUCGUCCGAGGAAGAUUAUGUAUUACGUUCACCCCUUAUGGGGAUGAAAAUGUGCUCUGCCGGCAGGUCACCCACACCCAAGCAGACGCAGCAAGAAAAGAGUACGAUUCAUCUUUUAUCUAAUGGGAUAAAUGGUGCUACUCGAAAUGGCACUCAACACCAGAGCCGCUUGCUGACGGAAGGCGACGAGGGCACGCCUUUGUUUGAGGAAGACGACGAGGAUGCCUUGGAGCAUAUUAAGCAGUUAGUCAAUAUUGUCCUCUCGGUGAAUGCUUUGGAGAAUGCCUCCACAGAUGCAACUGAAGUUUCCAAGCCAAAGAAGAAGCUAGAGUUUGACAUGGAGUGGAUGAAUUCUCGGUUCCAAAGCGAGCAGCAGACCACCUUCUUUCAAGGUUUUUAG